AUGGGCGACAUGAAUGCCAAACUGGGAGGGGACAACACGGGAAGAGAACUAACCAUGGGUCGAGAGGCACUAGGUGAAAUGAAUGAGAAUGGAGAAUUGUUUGCAGAAUUCUGCGCAUUCAACGAUUUGGUGAUUGGAGGCAGUGUGUUCAGGCACAAGGAUAUCCACAAAGCGACAUGGAUUUCACCAGAUGGACACACUAAAAAUCAAAUCGACUUUAUCUCAAUCUCAAGAAAAUGGAGACGCAGUCUACUUAACACAAGGUCAAGAAGAGGAGCAGAUGUAGGUUCAGACCACUAUCUAGUGCAAGUUAAAAGCCCUCAAGGAAGUUGGUGA